AUGUCCAGCCAACCUCUCCUUCAGACUGCGCCGGGUAUGUCCACUUACAACACAAUCCGUCCCUCUCGGGCAUACCACCGCGAGAGACCCAAUCGUCGUGAUCUCCAGCUAACCACCGCCGCCCUCGAUCCAGGCAAGCGCAUCGCCCUCCCGACGCGCGUCGAGCCCAAGGUCUUCUUCGCCAACGAGCGCACCUUCCUCUCGUGGCUCAACUUCACCGUCAUCCUCGGCGCCCUCGCCAUCGGCAUGCUCAACUUCGGCGACCGCCCCGCCUUCAUCAGCGCCUUCCUCUUCACGGGCGUCGCGAUGCUGACCAUGAUCUACGCCCUGGCGACAUAUCACUGGCGCGCCAAGUCGAUCCGCGUGCGCGGCCAGGCGGGCUUCGACGACCGCUUCGGCCCCACCUUCCUGGCCAUCAUUCUGCUGCUGGCCGUCGUCGUCAACUUCGUUCUGCGCAUAACCUACUCCUCCAAGGAGUCGAAGCACUAA